CAGUGUGAAAUGAAGAGCUGUAAACUGCAAAAGCAAAGGGAGUUGUUGAGUAGAUAAGUAGUAACUUUCCAAAAAUUAAAGUCACGUGCCACCUCAAUAACACGUGCCAAUAAAAGCCUUUUCCAUAAUUCCUUCAAUCCUCUCCCAACAAAACAAUUAAGGUAUUCUAAAAGACAGAGACGGACGUGUCUAAGAUGGAAACCCUAAGUGGGUAUAUUCUGGAAGUCAAAGAAAUGCAGCCUUUGCUCCCUCACAAACUCCAAUCAUUCCAAAGAAAUCAUCGACUUUCCGAAUAAAUCACAAGCCACCCUUACUCAAUGACAGAAAGAUUGGUUGGAAAAUUAUGUGCUGAGCUGAAGAAUCAGACCUCAAAGAAAGUGUUAGACAUCCAAACACUAGGUUUCCUACAAAACUUUUUGGUGUCAUGAUCAUGAAUUGUGCAAAGAGGUGAAUUUUUCCUUUCCGAGAGUGCAGUUAAAGUUCACAUAUGCAAGUCAAAGCAUGGAGACACAUACUCAUGAUUGUUAUCUAUUUAGGCUACUUGAAGAGUUUGUUUGAAAAAUAUGGUCUUGCUGGUUGUUUAGCAGUCCUACAAGUGACCAUAUAAAGCUUCUUAGUGGAGACUUAAACUCACAGGAGUAUAAUGCAUCAAUUGAGUGCUACUGGGCUCCUUUCAUGAGUCUAAUUCAUACCAUUCAACAUAUCAUACUGUCCUGAGAUGACUGGUGAACCUUGCUGCCAUAGCCAAACAUGGCAAGAGCUAGGAAGGAGUUGAUGUGUUGGUGUUUGAGAGCUAUCUCUGAUGGAUGCACAAGCGUAACAAGCCUUAAUCAAUGCUAUCCAAACAUGGCAGGAGGAAGGAAGGAGUUUGAUGUGUUGGUGUGUGAAGCUAUGUUUGGUGAAUGUACAAGUGUAAGAAACUUCAGAUCAAUGUUAUGUAAGUUUCUGGUUUUUGAUCUAAGGCUUUCUAUUCCAUCCAAAUUCUUCUGGUUUUUGUGCUCCUAGAGCAAAAAUUUCUAUUUGAAGAUAACAUUCCAGAAUCCAACAGGUUAAUCUAAGUUCUAAUUUCUUCCUAAGUUUCUUUUUCUUUUCUGUUUUGUGUUUUUCUAUUAGUUAUGGAAUUCCUGGGAUUGUUCAAGAAUCUAAUGUGACAACUACUUAUGAAUUGAGAAACCUUGGCAAAUUGGUUAGGAUCCAGCAUCAAUCCUCUAUGUCCCCAAGACACCUGUGGUAUGUUUCACUUAUUUUCUAUUAAGAAAUAUCCCAAAUUCUCAAAUUAUGAAGACUAUGAUAAUAUAGGGAGCUAUCAAGUUGUUAUAUAUCCUCUUGAUGAAGUAGAAGGAGUUAAUCCUCUUUUCUUUCAAAUUUAUGAGCUUUUUUUUUUCAAUGAUAUAGGGAGCUAUCAGUUUUAAGGUUAGUGUUUUUGCUUAAGUCCAUCGCCAUCCAUACCACCUCCCACUUGUUUUAUGAAAUUUAGCAGUGAUUAUGGUUUUCUGAUUUACAUUGUUCAAAUUAUCUUAUAGGAAUUGCAGUGGGAAAAGGAGAUUGGCCAUGGCAGUUGAACUUAACCAGCAAUAGGAGGUAUAUGAAGAAGAUUGAACUUGUGAAACAUGAAGACUUUUACAAGCUUCACUAUCUGUUUCUUUUGGGAUAUACAGCACAAAAAGUGAAGUAGGAAAGAAGAGGAUUUAGCAAGAUGUAACUUGCAUUUUAUGUUAUGUAAGUUUCCACUUAGUGGCCGGUUUCUAUUUCCUUUUAUGGUCUAUUAGCCUUUUAUUCAUGCCACAACAAUCUAGGACUUGUGAUUUUUUGUUUUGCAGAUUGGCCACCAUUUGCCCCAGUUGUUCAUAAUGAUAUUACAAAUGAUAUGCUGAUUUAUUGACAAAAGUUGAUGUCUAUUGCCUUUUCAUCAUUCUUUGGUAUGCAAGCUUUUUGCCUUUUUACUUUUCGUUGUGGUUAUGUUAGC